UUCAGCUUAACAGCGACUCUGUUCUCCGCAGUCCUUGCUGUUUUGCCGUCUUACAUAAAGCCGUGCAAGAAGAGCGAUCCAGAUAUCAACAAAUGCAUCACCAGGUCCAUCGAUCAGCUUCGUGAUAAAUUAUCAGUUGGGAUACCAGAACUCGGUGCACCAGCCAUCGAACCCCUAAACCUCAAACAAAUUCAUCUGUCUCGAGGACCAGUCGGAGCGAGGCUCGACGUCAAUCUCACGGAUUUGCGGGUGUUUGGUCCAUCUUCGUUCAAUAUCCGGGACCUUAAAGCUGACGUAGAGAACGUAGUCUUCACCUUCAAGGUGAAUUUCGAUAAGUUGAGCUUUCAAGGGAAGUACCAGAUCGACGCAAGGCUGCUUUUGCUGAAAUUGACAGGGCAGGGUGAUAUCACUGGAUCUUUCACCAAUUACGAUUCGGACGUCGUCCUACGAGCACGCAAAGUGCACAGAGAUAACGACGUCUACCUUAAUUUUGAGAAGAUGAAGAUGAAGAUCAAAAUCGGCAAGGCACAUUUAAAUCUCAGUAAUUUGUUUGGCGGCGAUACUGUUCUUGCCGCUACCACCCACGAGUUGUUAAACAACAACAACGCUCUAUUUCUGGACGAAAUCACACCGGUGCUGGAAACAUCGCUGGCAACACUUUUCACGGACGUGACCAAUAAAAUCACAAAGACUUUCACCUACAAAGAACUAUUUCCGGACGAUUAAACUGU